AUGGGCGCCCGAGGGAUGCUGCGAGCCGCGGUGUUCCUGCUGCUCAUCAGGACCUGGCUGGCCGAGGGCGACGACCCCCCGCCCUCCCACCACUUCCACCUGGGGCUCGCGUCCCGCGUGCCCGAAGUCGUCCUGAACCUCUUCCACUGCAAAAAUUGUGCCAAUCAAACUGUGGUUCACAAGAUUUUGGACAGGGUACUGUCGAAAUAUGACAUCCGUCUGAGACCUAAUUUUGGAGGUGCCCCCCUGCCCGUGGGGAUCUCCAUGUAUGUCUCCAGCAUCGAGAAGAUCUCGGAGGUGACCAUGGACUACACAAUCACAAUGUUUUUCCAUCAGACCUGGAAAGAUCCACGUUUAGCCUACUAUGAGACCAACCUGAACCUGACCCUGGACUAUCGAAUGUUUGAGAAGUUGUGGGUCCCGGACUGCUACUUUCUGAACAGCAAGGACGCCUACGUGCACGACUCCACCGUGGAGAACCGCGUGUUCCAGCUUCACCCGGACGGAACGGUCCGCUACGGCAUCCGACUCACCACCACAGCCGCUUGCGCCCUGGACCUGCAGAAAUUCCCCCUGGACACGCAGACCUGCAAGCUGGAGGUGGAAAGCUACGGCUACACGCUCGACGACAUCAUACUCUACUGGGAGGGCAACGGCAAAGCCAUCCGGGGCACCGAGCGGCUGCGCAUCCCGCAGUUCAGCUUCCUGGGGAAGUCGAUGAUGAACAAGGAGGUGCUGUUCUACACAGGUUCUUACAUGCGCCUGAUCCUGAAGUUCCUGGUCCGGAGGGAGAUCACCAGCUUCCUCCUGCAGAUCUACUGGCCCACCGUGCUCACCACCAUCGCCUCUUGGAUAGCGUUUUGGAUGAACUACGAAUCCUCUGCAGCCAGGGUGACGAUUGGCCUGACUUCAAUGCUCAUCCUGAACGCGAUCAACUCUCAUCUGCGGAGUAAGCUCCCUCAAGUCUGCUGUAUCAAGGCCAUCGACAUCUACAUGGUCGUCUGCUUCUUCUUCGUGUUCCUGUCCUUGCUGGAGUAUGUCUACAUCAACUAUCUCUUCUACAGCCUGAGAGAGAGCCACCGCCAGUACAGGCGCCAAAGGCGCGCGCGCAGAGUCAUGGCCCGCUACCGCUACCAGGAAGCCGUGGCGCAGGUUGGCUUGGUCAGCAUCGAAGAUGACAAUGACUCUUCUCCCUUCAGACCUGCGGAGACCGGCCUGGCCAGCCCAGAAAGCCUCCGCUCUUUGGAGUCCAUCCUGAAGCAGGCCCCACUGGCCACCGCUGAAAGCCUCAGCUCACUGUCCUCUCUCUCAGACCAGUCCUGGCUGGCCACUGAAGGCAGCCUGAGCAAGCUCCCUUCCGCUUCCGAGCAGGCCCUGCCCAGCCACAGCCUUCGCACCAGGGCAGUCGAGAAUGACGACGCCAUCGUUCCUGCCGAAAUCCUCAACCGUUCCGAGGCCCACAGCCACGCCGAGACCUGCGAGCCAGAGGAGUCUGGCUUAGAGGAGGCCCGCGGCCCCAGAGCAAGGCAUCCGCUCACGUCUGGCCAGAGGCGCGCGCGCAGGCCCAGCCUCGACCUGGAGGAGAUCCGCGCCAGCCUGGAAGAUAUGCGCGGCCUGCCCGACGACGUCAGAAUGGAGAGCGGCUACAGCGACCUGGAGAAGGAGUUCGAGCGCGUGGUCGAAGCCACCUGCAGCCUUCCCGAGGACUUCCUGGGCUUCGAUGACGACAAGGGCAGUAAUUCCGAGUCUGACGACAGCGGCCCCCCCAGCCCCAAGUGCUCCUUCAAGGAUAGUUUCUCCGCCAAGCUCUUUCUCCCUAGGUACAUCCCCAGGGUCGACAAGUGCUCCCGCGUCCUCUUCCCUCUUGCCUUUCUGGUGUUCAACAUCGCCUACUGGGCCUACCACCUGUACUAG